GCCUGAGUCGCUCAGUUCAGCAGGUGGACACACCUCCAUCGGUACUGUCCAGCCAGGGGCGGCAUAACGCGGAACACUCAUUGAAGACACUUAUCAGACGCAGAGUAAAGAAGACUUCUUGUCUUCUGCUAUAACGUAAACAACCAACAGCUUCUUAGCGUGCCGAAAAAUUGUGCAGCGUUUAUUAUUAAUGUCAAAGCCCGAGAGAACAUAUAGCAAAUAUUUUUGUAUUGAAUUCCGGAUGAAGUUAAUUUGGGAAUGUUUGUGAUAUAUCAUAAUUAUUAGUAUGGAACCAAGUCAAGCUAUCAUCAUGAAGAGUGAGAAAAAAAAUUAUUUCCAUCUGGCAUGUUCUUCGGUGUGAAUGGGCUUUUUAUAACAACUGUAGAAGUUUGAACUGACGACGUCACAUGGUCGGCGUGCGACGCACGUGCUGGCACGGCGCACUUUAUGAAAAUUUAGACCUGCAGGAUAGUUAUAUUGGUUACUCGCUCAGAGAAAACUCCCUCUAUGCUUGUUUCUAUAUUAAAGUAAUUCAGGUUUUGAAUAUUAAUCAGGAUGUGUACGACUUUGACUGAAAAUUCCAUUUCUUAGACUUCUUUGAACAUAUUUGUUGAUAUAGCGUGAAAAUGACCAGGAUCCUCUCUGUCUCUAUAGUUUUUAUGAUUGUUGUUUUCACGUCGGAAUUGUCAAUGGUGAACGGGAAAAAGAAAAAGAGUAGAAAAUUAGAAUCAAGAAAUUCGACACACGGCCUUUCCUCAAAAACAGGAAUACUUUCAAAAGACCAUGAAAAUAGGAUUCUGUGUGAGUACUACACGAAGUGGUCAGAUUGGACGCGUUGCAACCGGAAGUGUGAGCAGACGCGAGUAAGACGAUGCAACCAGCCAGAAAACUGCGGGACUAGCGUUCUCAAGGAAAAGCGAAAUUGCAAAAGACGGAAAGGAAGAUGCUCCACAUUAUCUUAUAAAGUGAUAGGAUUCCGCCGUGGAAACAGGUUAAUAGAGGAACUUUUAUACGAUUUACUGUAUGAUGGAUGGUCGCAAUGGGGGCAUUGCACUCGCUCCUGUCGCAAAAGGAGAUUUCGCAAGUGUAAAGAACACAAAAUUUGUGGUAACAGUUACAUACAGGAGGAGCGGAAGUGUCGUUUAGCGGGGACAGUCUGUGGUAAAAAAUACACAUUUAACACUUUUGAACCAGACACACACUCGCCUUCAGUCAGUGAACUAUCACCUCGGGAGUCGGGUAAGAGAUCAAUUGCAUGUCGGGAAUUUUAAUGAUAUCAAAUUAACUGCGGUCUUAUCACUAACCUAAAUCAAUUUGGUGGCUAUUAAAUGGACGCUCUUUAUCUUUUUGCACUUUUUUCAGAAUUUAGUUAAUUUUCAUAGAGUCCUCUUUACGCUUAUUUCACAAUUUCCGAUAAUCAUUUAGUCGACGCCAGUAUUACC